UCCAAACCUCUCUCCUUGUAAUUGCAGCUACGUGAUCACAAAGGAAGAUAAUUCGAGCAGAGAUGGAAAGGAGAACUAUACCUAUCUGUCAUACUAUCAGCAUUCUCCACCCACUGCUGCCAUGUUUAUCUUGGCGUAUGUCUUUAUUUUAAUAAUGUGCAUGGUGGGAAACAUCCUGGUGUGCUUCAUUGUGCUCAAGAACAAACAGAUGCGAACAGUGACCAAUAUGUUCAUCUUAAACCUUGCUGUCAGUGACCUGCUGGUAGGCAUCUUCUGUAUGCCAACAACUUUGGUGGACAACCUUAUUACAGGAUGGCCUUUUGACAUUGUGAUGUGCAAAAUGAGUGGACUUGUACAGGGAAUGUCAGUCUCGGCUUCAGUUUUCACUCUGGUGGCAAUUGCUGUGGAAAGGUUUCGAUGCAUUGUCUAUCCAUUCAGGCAGAAGCUGACGCUGAGGAAAGCGAUUAUCACCAUUGCAGUUAUCUGGGUCUUGGCGCUCAUCAUUAUGUGUCCAUCUGCUGUCACUUUGACUGUUAGCCGUGAUAACUAUCACUUCAUGGUGGAUGAUUACAAUAACUCUUUCCCACUUUACACAUGCUGGGAGGCAUGGCCUGACCAAGAAAUGCGCAAGAUUUAUACGACUGUGCUAUUCUCACAUAUCUACCUGGCUCCUCUCACACUUAUUGUUAUAAUGUAUGCACGAAUUGCUUUCAAGCUCUUCAAAUCUUCAGCACCAGUACGGGACUCCCAAGCAGAGGAGAAUGACUACAGAAGGGUCUCAAAAAAGAAGAUUAAAGUUAUCAAUAUGUUGAUCAUAGUCGCACUGUUUUUUACUCUAUCCUGGUUACCACUGUGGACUUUAAUGCUACUGACUGAUUAUGGAAAUCUUACAGAAGCUCAGCUAAAUCUUAUAACCAUCUACAUAUUUCCCUUUGCCCACUGGUUAGCUUUCUUUAACAGCAGCAUAAAUCCCAUAGUUUAUGGGUAUUUCAAUGAGAAUUUCCGUAGAGGAUUCCAAGAAGCUUUUAAGGUACAGCUGUGCUCUAUGGAGAUGGAGCACAGAGAGACCUAUUCAGAACAGCGUAACAGCAGACUGAUGUUUGGGAAUCGCAACAGAAUUUUUGUAGAGGUGGAUGGCAGCGAGUCUGGGCAGAGCUGUGAAAAACAAUCUGGUUUGUUCACCUUGCGGAGUGGUAGAGUCGCACAUCAUGGUCUUACUGUAGAGGAUCUUGAUAAGACUUCUUCUCAUGAUGGUAUUACCAUGCCUGCUUGGAAUAUCGAAUAAGGAUAAACAGAAAAUGGAUUUCACAACUGCAGUCAGACUGAUACUUCAAAAGGAAUGUUUGUGUUCAUUGUGUUUACUGUUCUGUACCAAAUGUUAUCUUUUCAAAAAAAAAAAAAAAACAGUUACCAGUAUAACCUGAAAAUGGUAUACCUAUUUGCAUACCUGGCACACAAAAAAAUGCUUUGGCAAAUUUUCGUUUUUUAAUAAUGUGCAAUAUUUUCUGAGGACAGCAAUGUCUUAAAUUUUGGAACUGGCUAUUACAUGCCAGUAUGCUCUGUCAACCAUACAGAAAAGCAUGUGAUUUUUUGAAGCAUAACAUAGCUUACAGGGGUGUUUGCAGGUAUUAAAACUAAAUUUUUUCGCACAGUUCA